AUGACAUUGUCGAUUCCAGUUUUUGACCGUCUGGGGGGUCAAAAUGAACUUGCACUCCCUACCUACGAUGAAUUUUUUGAGGGCUAUCUCAGACCAAAUCGCCCCUGCUUACUGACGCUUCCUCUCAACCCCGCUUUUUAUCAAUGGACAGUCCCAGACCCAACCUCCAGCUCCGACCUGUCCACAAGGAGUGCUAACCGAAAACCCAACUAUGGCUUUUUGAAGGCAAAGUAUGGUACCUCCACUGUCCACCCAACCGGUGCCGAUGCGCCUAUGGACUUCAAACAAUUCCUCGUGCGAAUGGAACAAGGCGACAACAGCAUGUACUUGAAGGACUGGCAUUUUGUUCUGGAACAUCCAAAUGUGGGAGCAAAUGCUGUUUAUGAGGUGCCGUUAUGGUUUGGAGAUGACUGGUUGAAUGAAUUUCUGGAUGAUCAAGGAGGAAAAGAUGACUACCGAUUUGUAUAUAUGGGGGCUUCAGGAACAUGUACCCCACUCCACGUCGAUGUAUUUACUUCCUACUCAUGGAGCGCAAACCUAUGCGGAACUAAAAAAUGGACGUUCUUUCCACCCUCGCAAGCACACUUUUUCACCACAUUCCCGGGCUGUUCCAUAACCGAUCUUCGUCUGAUAUCACCAGAGACACAUCCAACCUAUUACACCACCACAACCCCAAUAACUGUUUACCAGCAUCCAGGCGAGCUCAUCUUUGUACCCAGCGGAUGGUGGCAUCAAGUGGAAAACAUUGGCGAAACCAUUUCGAUCAACCAUAAUUGGUGCAACGCCUGCAAUCUUCAAGAUAUUUACCGGAAUCUAGCGUCAGAUCUCGCAUAUAUACGGGAAUCCAUUGCAGAGUUUAGAGACGAGAUGGGAGAGGAUGAAUGGAGCGAGCAUUGUCAGUCGAUGCUCAAGGCGAAUAAUGCCGGGUUUGGAUAUGACCAACUUUGGCAUUUUUGCCAGUUUCAUGCAAAGAGGCUGAUGCGAUUGCUGGCAGAACCGACUCAUGAUAUUGCUGCUUCUCCUUGGGAAACCCCAAAAUGCAUCCUGUUUUCUGUUGGCGUCCUGUUAGAGGUUUGGCAAACCUUGGUGGGGGAUGAGUGGGCGCAGUGGAAGCUGAGCCGGGAGGAGAUUGAUUUGACGACAUUGGAAGACUUGAAGAGAACAUAUAAAAGCACUGCAGGUAGCAGAUAGAUGUUCCAUCCAACCAUAAUUUUAUUCCAGUUUGUGGCAAACACACCAGAAUGAAACCGCAACUAAAAUAUAAACAUCAAACCUAUAAUUAUCUG